AUGGGUAAAUGUAAUCUGAAUCCAUUGUAUUUAAUCAGAAGAGAUACUGAUUUAAGUAGCAUUGACUGGUGCGAUUACAUUGUGGAUUGUUUGGUAAGGACGAAGAAGGUUUACAAUCCAGAGAAAGAAUCUUCUUUCUUUUAUGGACCAGCAACAUACCUUAUGGGUGGAGGAUUUGGAUGUGGACAUGUUAAUGAAGCAUAUGUUGAAGAAGAAUUUCAAGAAUCUGAGUAUAAUGAGGAGGAAUCUGGUGGUGAUGAGGUUGAAUCUGAUGGUGAAGAGGAUUUAUGUGAUGAGGAUGAAGAAGAUUUUGAUGUUAAUAAAGUUAGUGAUGUGGAGAAGAUGGAGGAUUUGAAAAAGGAUAUUGUUGUAAAGAUAGAUGAGGGAGUGUUGAAGUUUCCUCAAAGUCAAAAUUUGAAAAAUUGGAAAUUAUUAUUUCCCGUUGAAGAUUUAAUCACAGAAAGUUUUGAUUUCAAUUAUGUUUCACAAAAAUAUAAAGAACCGAUAUUAACACCUGGUUUUGUUCAAGUUAAUGAUGAAGAUUAUGGGAAUGAUUUUCUUAAUGAUGAUGAAAAUGUUGAAGAUUAUGAUCAAGGGAAAUGUUCUGGUGGUCAGGGGGAUGGAAGUGAUCCACAUGAGGGCAAUAUUGGUAAAAAUCAUGUUGAAGGUAAAGGUGAUGAUGAUGAAGAUGAUGAACAAGGAAACGGAAGUGGAUGUAAUAAAGAAGAGGCCAAGAAUUUAAAUUCUGUUGUCGAAAAUGUUACUAAGAGUGUGGGUCUAAUUGAUAGCCAGGAAGGUGUAUCUUUUAGUCAAUUUAUUUGUGAUCUAGUUGUUGAAAGUUUUCUUAAAACUUUGGAUCAAGGUACUGAUGGUUGUUUAAAUGAGAAACUAGUUGAAGAUGAUGUGAAUUUGAAUUUGACUGGUAUUGAUGAUGGUUCCAAGAAGUCAUCUCAAAGUCAAAUUUCUUCUGAACGGAUGACAAAGAAAAAGAUUAAGGAUAGAGUUAUUUUGGGAAAACCAAGUGCUGGUCCAGAGUGUGUUAUUCUAAAUGUUGAUGUUAUUGAUGCUAGUCCAGUUUCUUUUGCACCCCCUUUGGGGAUAUUGUAUUGCUUAUGGAAACAGAUGUUGUUGGUUUUAGAGCUAAUUAUGAAAGUCUUUUUAAAAAAAACCCAUUUGCAUGUUAGUGUUCUUGAUUCAUGGUCUCGUAUACUAAAUCAUCAAGAGAAAUUCAUAGAUGUUGUUAAUUCUCCACUCAGAUUGUUCAUGAAUUCUGACACUACUUUGUCAUUUGAAUAUACUCAUUUAAAUGAAACUGCAAAAUAUAAAGUUUUCAAGGACAACUUCUCUUGCAGUGUUUCUGGUGAUAGAGACUUGAAGGUUUUGAAGGAUGUUGAUAUGAAACGUGCUUUUGAGGUUAUCGAUAAUGGUGCAGAUGAUGCUGAUUUCGAUGAUAAGUAUGGUGCAGUUUUUAAACCUCUUAAAAAGUCUUUUUUGAAGUAUCUAAAAGAGAUCGAUCAUGUUAAAGCAAAUGAAAUGGCUGAUAAAAAUCUUACUCCAAUAUGUAGUAAAGAUUUGUUAUGUUCAAUGGAGAUAAUCUUUCUAAGUAAUGGUGAAAAGAGUUCUUGGAGUCAGCUACAAUCUGUAUGA